UUGAUGUGUUUUAUUCUGAAAGGCUGCGUCAUUUCAAUAAAAGAAAAACGAACGAGAGGAAGCGGAGCCGAAUGUAAAGAAUUCGAUGCCGCACUCGACACACUCCAAAUUGAGAGAGACCCCUCAUUUAUCGUCGACUCCGAGUGGGACAUCCAAAAAGGAGAAACGAAGACGCUGGCUGAUAUUUACAUCGUCACUUCCGCUCUAACACCAUGGAUGAACAUUUGCACGUGAACACGCCUCUCCUCGAGAGUGUCGCCAUGUCCAAACGUGUGGGAACUGCUGUGUAUUUGAAAAUGGAGAACUCCCAGCCGUCUGGUUCUUUUAAGAUCCGUGGUAUUGGGCACCUGUGCCAGCAGCUUGCGUCAACGUCUAAAGGAAUCGUCUGCUCCUCAGGUGGUAAUGCUGGGAUGGCGGCUGCCUACGCAGCCAGAAAAAUGCGUGUGCCGGCCACCAUCGUAAUUCCCUCAUCGACCCCUCACCUUGUUGUCCAGAGACUACGGGAUCAAGGUGCUACUGUGAAGAUAGUCGGCAAGAUCUGGGACGAUGCUAACGCCGAGGCACUUCGACUUGCUGAAACAGAGGGACUUACCUACGUUUCUCCAUUUGACCAUCCCUUGAUAUGGCAGGGCCACUCCAGUGUGAUCACAGAGUCUGCAACCAGUCUGGGCCCUGGUGUCAAGCCUGUAGCGGUGCUGCUCUCUGUGGGCGGAGGUGGGCUCCUCUGUGGCGUGGUCCAGGGCCUGAAGGAUGUCGGCUGGGCGGGCGUUCCCAUCAUCGCCAUGGAGACAGCGGGGGCCGACUGUCUGAAUGCGUCCGUUAAGGCGGGAAGGAGAGUCACCCUGGAUGACAUCACCAGCGAGGCCAAAUGUCUCGGGGCCAAGACCGUUUGUAAGCAAGCAUUUGAAUACAGUCAAAGCAAGGAGGUGACGGUCAUUUCUGAAGUGGUGACUGACCGCCAGGCCCUUCAUGCUUUAGAGACGUUCCUGGAUGAGGAGCGUGUCCUGGUGGAGAUGGCAUGUGGUGCAGCACUGGCAGCAGUCUACAGUGGGCUCGUGCACAGAUUACAGGCGGAAGGUCGUGUGGCGGCCCACCCGGGCCCCCUGCUGGUCAUAGUGUGUGGGGGCAGCAGCAUGGACAUGGAGCAGCUCUUCCUGCUCAAACGCAAACUGGAGAAAGUAUAAACUAGUUGCACGUUAUUUUUAGCUGCAGCUGCUCAGAUGUCCUCAGCUGCUCUCAUCACUGCAUCUCCAUCUUGUUGUCAUAGAAAUGCUUCCUCGCAGCCUUGAGAAGGAUCUAGAGGCAGCGUGAUCCAGGAUGUCAUUGAUCAGGUGUGAGGAACCGUGGCCACAUGUGGAACUAAGGAUUCUCCUCAGUGUCUCAUCACAUGGGGUUUUGGCCAUAAAGCAACAUUAAGAGCAUGUAUUUGUUCCAGUGGAGAACAUAUUCAUGUGUUCAUAAAACAUGUACAUGAGCAAAAAGCGGUCCACAUGUAUCCACAUCAAUGUUCUUCUUUUGUGUUGUGCAUGUGGUGUUUUUGCUGCAGAAAACAACAACAACAACAACAACCUUCCUGCAGACUGACUCAUAUUUAUGAGUCUAAUGUUAUGUUUCCCCCCAUGGAGAGAGUACAUUUAUGCUAAGUAUCUUCUAUAUUGACUUGUUUGGUGCUGCACCAUGUCAAGACUAGAUCUGUGUUAUGGGUCACACUCCUGCUGCCUCUCAUCCUGCCCGUAAUGAGUGACCUGCCUUCAGAAGCCAGCGCGUCUUGAGAUCCAGUGCCAGAACGUAGCUUGUUGUACCAGUACAGUAAGCCCACACGUCUCCAGCCUUCUCCUACCUCUCUCCCUGUGCUCUCUCCCCGUCGUGUUCACUGUCUCUGGUGUUGUGUCGUCCUCCAGCUUCACGCGUCGUCGAGAUGUGUGUCUCGACUCCCUGGAACCCCUCUGGAUCUCCUCUUGCC